AUCUCACUUGCCUCUUCUUCCCAAACUAGGAGCUGGCACUGAAGUCUUUGGGAAGUGAGGGGCUGUUUCUCUUUUCUUCUCUGGACACAAACAACGAUCUGUACCUCAGUCCGGAAGAGUUCAAGCCGAUAGCUGAGAAGCUGACGGGGGUUGCUCCCAUCUCAGAAUUUGAAGAGGAGGAGGAGACGCCUGAUCCAAGUGGGGAGACAUUGUCCGUUGUGGCUAAAUUCCAGCCUUUGGUCAUGGAAACGAUGACGAAGAGCAAAGACGGUUUCUUGGGAAUUUCUCAUGUCGCUCUGUCUGGGUUGAGGAAUUGGACUGCCCCAGCAGCCCCUAUGAGCGUGAUGCUUGCCAGACAGUUUAAAGCCUUUCUUCCUCCAAAGAAUAAAGUGGAUCUCGGGGAUCCGUGGUGGAUAAUUCCUAGUGAAUUGAACAUCUUCACUGGGUAUCUUUCCAACAACAGAUUUUACCCUCCGCCUCCCAAGGGCAAAGAGAUCAUAAUCCACAGGCUUUUGAGCAUGUUCCACCCACGUCCUUUCGUAAAAACCCGCUUUGCUCCCCAAGGAGCUGUGGCCUGCAUCCAAGCCAUCAGCACCUUCUACUACACCAUAGCGUUCAGGAUCCACGCUGAGUUUCAGCUGAAUGAGCCACCAGAUUUCCCCUUCUGGUUUUCCCCAGGCCAGUUCACAGGUCACAUCAUCCUCUCCAAGGAUUCGUCCCAUGUCCGAGAGUUUAAGCUCUUUGUCCCUAACAACAGGUCUCUGAAUGUUGAUAUGGAGUGGCUGUAUGGGGCGAGUGAAAGCAGCAACAUGGAAGUGGAUAUCGGUUACCUGCCUCAGAUGGAGCUGGAAUCGACGGGGCCUUCAAUCCCCUCUGUGAUCCAUGACGAGAACGGAAAUGUGAUUGACAGCAGGGAUCCCUCAGGGGAGCCCAUUCAGUUUGUGUUCGAAGAGAUAACCUGGCAGCAGGAAAUCCCCUGGGAAGAGGCAGCCCAGAAGCUGGAAGUGGCCAUGUAUCCAUUUAAGAAGGUCUCCUAUCUUCCCUUCACACAAGCUUUCGAGAGAGCAAAAGCAGAAAAGAAGCUGGUACACUCGAUCCUGCUGUGGGGUGCCCUGGACGACCAGUCCUGCUGAGGUUCAGGGCGAACUCUCCGGGAGACCGUCCUGGAAAGUUCGCCCAUCCUCACCCUGCUGAACGAGAGCUUCAUCAGCAGCUGGUCGCUGGUGAAGGAGCUGGAAGAGCUGCAGACCAACAGAGAGAAUGAGUUCUACAGCAAGCUGGCUGACCUGCACCUGGAGAAAUACAACUUCCCCGUGGAGAUGAUCAUCUGCCUCCCCAAUGGCACGGUGGUUCACCAUAUCAAUGCCAACUACUUCCUGGACAUUACUUCUAUGAAGCCUGAAGAUGUUGAAAGUAGCAUCUUUAGUUUCUCAACCAAUUUUGAAGACCCUUCUACUGCAACUUACCUCCAGUUCUUGAAGGAAGGACUGCAAAGAGCAAAACCAUACCUGCAGACCUAAAAACAAAGGCACCCGAAUGCCCCACAGAGAUGGCCAAAGACUUCAGAGAUCUAUUUUGAUUACAGCAGUUCUUCCUCAUCUUCAUGGCAGACGUUGAUGUUACGAUGCAGACAGUCCCAGGACUGGGGCUUUGCUCUGGAUGUUGGUUUGAGGCUAAGUUUCAAGUGAUACCAGUUUACAUAACCUGCCCUUUAGAGUUCAGGCAAAUUUUUACAGGAGUGAAAAUACUUGAAUCUAUAAACAUUCUCGGGGCAAUACACCUUGGUUUGCCACUCACCCUCAUGUUUUUCCAGCUCCUGUUCAGACUCUGUGGUGAAACUCAUGUAACAGCUGUACCAAGCGUCACCCAGAAACCCCUGACCUCAAGGACUGGACUGUGCGUUGAAUCAUGGAGAACAGCAUUGCCAUUACGACCGAACACUCGUGGUUGAGCGCCUGUGCCCUGUGGGCGAAGGCGCAGAAUCCAGCGCAGGUGGGAAGCUCCUUCCUGGUAGCCAGUGUCCUCCACGCCUCCUCGCCAGCGGCAGCUCUGAGCUGUAAGCUGCCCUGUGGCUUGGACGCCAGCUCUUCACGAUGGCGUUUAUUGACGGCAAUGGCGUAACGGGACUGGAGCUGGUAAUGCGUGGACAUGAAAGUAGGAGGUUUGAACUGGAGGCUUGAGCUCUGGAGUAGCCUCCUCCCAGCACCCUGUGUGACGUGGUGGGAGAGCGGUCUCACUUAUUCAGGUUCUUCACAUGAGGUGCUGAGGUUGACACGGUGAAAUUAGGAAUGGAGAUGAGGGCGUUAGAGGUAUGGUGCAGCUCAGAGACGUCAGGCGUGGAUUAACUCGGGGGGGAUUAGGGGCCAGAGCCCCUGUUAGUUCCACCGGUGCAGUACGUGCACUCCAGGCUACGGGUCACGGUACCGAGGAGUGUCCCCACCCCGUUGAGGCCAGGGCCGCUCCCAGCCCACCUGCUUUGAGAGCUUUGUUCUCCCAGUGUCUCCUCGGAGUUGGUGAAAUGCUCCGUCCUUUUUUUGCUUUGAGCUUCCAAGUCACACUGAAUGAUGAACCGUGAUGAAGUUCCCUUUGGGAACGGGAGGUUCAGCGUUCCCCUGAGAGCAUUAACUGGUUGAGAACUGAGCAGUUCUAAAAGCCAGCGGUACUGAAAGAAAUUUUGAAGAGAUUUUUCCAAAGAAAUUGUUCGGACAGAACGCCAUCGUCCCUUAUCUGUGACCACCCUGAGCAGUUGCUCCUACUCUGUACCAAUGCCUGGCUACAGAGUGAGCGUAAUUUGGAGAAGAAAAGGUUAAAUGAAACGGGUUUUAAAGCAUAUUCCUGUAGAUAGGUGAGGAGACAAAGCAUCUUCAGUGGAUGGCUGCAAACAGCCACGGCUGUUGAUGCUUUUUCUGCUCUCUGAAGCACAAUUUUGUUGGACCAAAUCAAACGGGGGGGAAAAGCCGUUUUUUUGGAAGGGGUGUUUUCAUUCCUGGGCUCCGGGACCUGGGAGGAACCCGGGGGUCGUGAUUACCCUGUCCCCACCCUGCCCCAGCCCGCCUGUCUGUAUCCGUGGCUGGAGACGGAGCUUAGAUGGACCUCUGGGCUGAACCAGUGUAGCUUCACUAAUUGCUCUAGUGAGAUUAAUUACCCCUGGGAUGUUUCUCAGUAUCAGCUUUAUAACUAUGCAUUAGCUCUGCACUUUUCCGGCACUCCGAGGGGCCUGCAGUAAUGACAGGCUUGGAUCUGGCAGCGCCUUCAGCUGCGGAAAGUGCCGAAGCCUCCAGGCAGCAUUCAAGACCGAGCUCCUGUCGCACCGGUGGUCUCGUCCCUUCGGGGUCUUUGGCCCGAGCGGAGAGUGGCAGAGGAGACCGAGUGCCCGCCUGCCCCCCGGCUCCUUGGGAGGCACAGCCGUAGUGUACAUCUGCCCUUCUGGCUUUUACAAAGCCUUCACGUGAGGUAUUUUUGUUGCACCUUUCCUGAGCCCCUCGGUCAGGGGCUUCGGACUUCGAAGUGGUGUCUGUCGGUUGUGCUCGGGUGGAGAGUUCAUUCCAUUUGUUUUCCCUCCCACCGGUUUCGCAGCAGAAGGGGCCGGAGAGGGCAGCGGCCGAGCACGCAGGGAUUGCUUUUGUCUUUCAAGGCUGCUUGGAAAAAGAGGCGGGGCGGCGGUACCGCAGGGCCGGGGGAGCCCCUCUCCCUUGUGCUGUGCUGAGGUCGGGAGUUGCGAGGGGCAGCGUCACCCGUUUGAUCCUGCAGAUGCGGAGCUCCCGGCAGAGUCGGUGCCUGCCGGAGUCCCACGCACAAGUAGGGCCCGUGCGAAGGCCCUUCGUCGCACGAAGCCUUUGGGAUCCCUGAAAAUACCUCGCUUUUUCUCUCGUGAACCGCUGGGCUCUUGCAGCACUGCCCGGAGCCACCUCUGAGCGCUCCUGG